CGAUAGAUAGAUAGCAUCGAUGCUCCUCCACCACUACUUCAGACGCUCGCUCAUGAUUUUCAUUUGAUUAAUUUUUGUUACAAAUUUAAAUUUAAUACAACAAACAGCGAACGCAAUAUGGAAAAGUGCAGUCCAUUGAAGGCCAAGCGAAAAGAUAAAUUAGACAACAAUGAAGACAAACUACAUGCAGCCGCCGCCGUCAGCGACGACGAAGCGCCACAAAAGAAGCUGGCGCGCCUUAGCGAUGGAGCAGCAGUGGAUGCAGCCGAUGCAGGAGAAGCAGGCGAUAGCGACGUAAACUUGGCGUUGAAUGGCGCUUAUCAGAAAAAGGAUGUGACGCAAUGGCUGCAGACAGCGUGGUCCACAAAGCAGGCGACGCAACCCGCACGUGAUGAUAAAACCGGCGCACAAAUCUACAGUGAACCCUUUCAAAUUUGCCUGCUACCCGAGCUGCUGACACAGGGACGCACGCAGGCUCUAGUGCACGAGAUGAUCAACAAAGUGCACUGGUCACGCAAGCAAAUGGAUCUCUAUGAGUUCUAUCAGAGCACCGAUCUGUCAAACAUGGCAGAGUGUCACUUGCUUACCAAUUUCCUGCAGCUGCUGCGCAAACAAGUGCGUCCCUGGCUGGAAGAGGUCACUGGACUGAAGCUAGACUAUGUCUCAGCCUCCUGCAGCAUGUAUACGUGUGGUGACUAUUUGUUGGUGCAUGAUGAUCUGCUUAAGGAUCGGCAAAUUGCCUUCAUUUACUAUCUAUCGCCGUGGGAGGGCGCGGAGGAGUGGAACGAAGAACAAGGCGGCUGUUUGGAGAUAUUUUCAAGCGACGAACAAUGCUUUCCACAGUUUCCGGUGCAGCGCAAAAUUGCGCCUAAGAACAAUCAGUUUGCAUUCUUUAAAGUUGGUGCACGUUCCUUUCACCAGGUGGGCGAGGUAACCACCUUUGAUUAUCCGCGUCUCACCAUCAACGGCUGGUUCCAUGGCGCCACCAACGAAGCCUUUGUGGCGGACUCUUCGCGCGCCUUUCCACGCCUCAGCUACCUGCAACCGGACAUCAACAAUAGGCCCAAACUCGGCCUCCUGCUGAACGAUGUCUAUCUAAAGGCGGCAACUUGCCGCAGCAUACAGAAACGCAUCGAGGAGAACUCGGAGAUUUGCCUCUACGAAUUCUUUAAACGCGAAAAGUUCGAGCUGGCACGGGCUCAACUUCUGAAUGAUGAAACACUGAGCUGGCGACGCCAAGGACCCGCCAAUGCGCACAACUACGAGGUGCUGGAUCUGAGCACAGCCAAGGGAACGGUGGAGGAACUGCUGCAACUGUUUCGCAGUAAUGCCAUGUUCCAUUUGCUGCGCGACUUUACCGACCUGGAUCUGUAUGGCGUUGAUGCCAUCACGCCCACCUGCAGCGUUGAACUGCAGCGCUGGUCGCAUGGCAAUUACACAGUGCUGGGCGAUGGCCUGGUUAGCGAGGACAACACUUUGGAUUUGGUUUACUAUCUGAAUGCAGCCGAGGGCGCUGCUGUGAUAACAUAUCUCUCGCCAGAGGUUGAGCAGCGUUCAGCAGCUGUGGAAAAUGGCCAAAAUGUCAGUGGCGAUGCAGAGCAAACGCUGGACGAAGAGGAGGAGGAAGAAGAGUGCCAUGAUGAUUCCGUGCUGUUGACCAUCACUCCGGUUGAUAAUGCUUUGAACAUUGUCUAUCGCUGUGAGGGCACCACAAAGUUCACGAAAUACGUGUCCCGCAACACGCCGCUGGACAAAGGGCCUGUCUUUGUUAUUUCGUGCAGCUACAAGGAGUAAAUCCAAUCUGAAACUAUGCCGCCGAUGCCACACGUACAAGCCACAAAUUUUGUUGUUAGACUGGCAAAUGCACAAACCCCCAGAUUUGUAGCUUUGUUUAGCUGAAAAGAAACUUGCAUUAUACAUUUGUAAAUGUUGAUUGUAUACAAAACAAAAAAAAUAAACACAAAAAAAAAAACAAAAAUCUAAAAAGCGCAAUAAAAUUAUGUAUAAAAA